AAGCACAGUCACAAUCGUUGUGUGGAACGUACCGCUAAUGUCAAUUGUCAAAACUUCUCAGCUGUUGUCAAUUUAAAUUUGUUGUGUUUCAAAUUUUAUUUUCGCAUUUGUUUCAAAAUCGUGAUCAAACUAAUCAAAAAUAAAAAAGAAGAUGAGUGUUAGUGCCGCAUCCGUUGCUUCCACAACUACUCAACAAGAUCAAGAAAUCGAGGAUUUCGGCCCACAACCUAUAUCCAAACUCGAAGGUAAUGGAAUUACAUCAGGUGAUAUUAAGAAACUACUUGAAGCGGGUUAUCAUACCAUCGAAUCGGUAGCUUUCGCCCCAAAGAAAUACCUUAUUUCUAUAAAAGGUCUUUCGGAGGCGAAAGCAGAAAAGAUAUUAACGGAAGCAGCUAAGCAAGUACCAAUGGGAUUCACCACCGCAACUGAAUUCCAUCAGAAACGAUCCGAAAUUAUACAAUUAACUACGGGAUCUAAAGAACUUGAUAAGUUACUAGGAGGUGGUAUUGAAACUGGAUCAAUUACCGAAAUUUUCGGUGAAUUUCGUACGGGAAAAACACAAUUGUGUCACACUUUAGCCGUAACUUGUCAGUUACCUGUUGAAAAUGGAGGUGGUGAAGGGAAAUGUUUGUACAUAGAUACAGAGGGUACUUUUCGCCCUGAAAGACUGAUAGCUGUAGCUGAAAGAUAUCAAUUAACUGGGCAGGAAGUUUUAGAUAACGUUGCUUAUGCAAGGGCUUAUAAUACAGACCAUCAAACUGCUUUGCUUAUACAAGCAUCAGCAAUGAUGGCCGAAUCUAGGUACGCUUUAUUAAUAGUAGACAGUGCCAUGGCAUUAUACAGAACCGAUUAUUCAGGUAGGGGUGAAUUAUCAGCUAGACAGAUGCAUUUAGCGAGAUUUUUACGAAUGUUACUUCGAUUAGCAGAUGAGUUUGGUGUCGCAGUUGUCAUAACGAAUCAAGUAGUAGCACAAGUAGACGGUGCUGCUAUGUUUAAUGCGGAUCCUAAAAAGCCUAUAGGGGGUAAUAUAAUGGCUCACGCUUCAACAACGAGAUUGUAUCUAAGAAAAGGUAGAGGAGAAACUCGUAUGUGUAAAAUAUACGAUUCGCCUUGUUUACCGGAAUCUGAAGCUAUGUUUGCCAUUAAUUCAGACGGAAUUGGCGACGCCAAGGAAUAGGAUUAAACUAGAUUAUAUAAGUGUUUAUGUUGAAUAGAUUUUAAUUAUAUUAAUUCUAUUAUAGAUUGGAAGAAUAAAUAUUUUUUUAUUGUG